ACCACUGUUUCUAGCCAGGGCUCUCACUCUCACUCUCAGGUCAUGACUGUCUAGAUCCAAUGGCCCAAUUUUGAAGUCCAUCGCACAGAUUGUAUCUUAGUGGGUCCAGUCCUAUGUUCCCUCCGGAAAAAGUAGACAGAGAUAAACAGCAAAAUAAGAAGGUCGACAAGUCUCACCAAAGUCAGCAUCCAUGGCUGCCUCAUCCGCUCUCUGCAACUUGUUCUCCUUCCUCAGCCUCACAAAACCAUCGCAACCCAAAAUCCCACCGACCCAGCUCUCCAUUUUACAGACCCAGAAGCCCAGAGAUGGGUUGGUCCCACUGCCAGCCCAAGGGGCCCACUCUGCUGCUGCUGCUUCGUCGAUAGAGUCUGUGAUAUGCCCCUCUCUGGCUCACGCCAGCGUCCUCUUCUUCAAGUCGGCGUACAAUGUUCAGGUGAUUGUCGACGACAACGAGCCCGAGGAGCGGCUGCUCGGCAGGUUCCCGCGGGAGGUCAUGAGGGCCGGCGUUAUUCAGGAGGUUAAGAGGAGGAGGUACUUUGAGAACAAUCAGGACGAGAAGAAGCGCCGGACUCGCGACGCCGCAAAGCGAAACAAGAGAAGCCGGCGUCCCUUUUCAAAACCCUUUCAGCCGGAAAUACCCGAAACCAAGAAGAGCGAUGACGAUGGAGAUAACUGGGAUCUUCCUCAAGGAGACAUACCCUACUGACCACAUUCUGCCCGGCCCUUGAUUUGUAGGAAUAUCUACCCAUGUUUAGAGAGGCUUUGGUCCAUGUAAGUUGUAUAAGAGUUAGAUUCAGUUUUUUUUUUUUUUUUUUGGUCAAAGAGUUACAUUCAGUUCAGUUAUUCCUUGAUCGACUCCAAGCACAACCGAUCCUAUAUCUUAAUUUAAUAAAAUUGAAAAUUUUCUUUCUUGCUUCUGUGUGAAGGAUACUUGAUGUGAAUUCCAAUGCUUUUACCCACCUAAUUGUGUUGUCUUACCCCAGUUAGGUAGA